UCCCGGCCCAUCUUGCGCACCACGUCGUGGCUACAUCCACAUAUUGACACGCUGUCUCACGCCGUGGUCGCGCAAAUUCCAAGAAAGCCCAAUUGAACAAGGCCAUAGCGUAAGCCACUGGAAAGGCAACUUCUCGUGAGCUCUACGUAUUUUCCGCUCUCCGUUGAAGCGAACCUCCUCCCUUCCGAUUCCGGAACGGCGGGAGCCCCCGUUCUCACACUGCAAGACAUCUCCGGCAGAAGGGAAAGAUUUCGCGUACUGCACCCAAGUAAGCUGAUGGACGGGAGGAGUUUGAGAUUAAUUUAUUUCUUGGUUCUAUGUCUCAUGCCUUUAUUGCGCCAUGCCGUGGCUAUUCGCUUUGUGAUGGAUAGAGAAGAGUGCUUCUCUCACAAUGUUGAUUAUGAAGGGGAUACAGUUCAUGUAUCUUUUGUUGUGAUCAAGGCGGAAACUCCCUGGCAUUAUUCUGAGGAUGGUGUCGAUCUUGUGGUUAAAGACCCUAAUGGCAACCAAAUCCAUGAUUCCCGUGCCAAGACUAGCGAUAAGUUUGAAUUCGUAGUUCAGAAGAGAGGUGUCCACCGCUUCUGCUUCACUAACAAGUCCCCGUAUCAUGAAACUGUAGACUUUGAUGUGCAUGUUGGUCAUUUUUCAUAUUUUGACCAGCAUGCCAAAGAUGAGCAUUUUAGUCCUCUGUUUGCACAAAUCCUUAAGUUGGACGAAGCUCUCUACAGCAUUCAGUUUGAACAACACUGGCUGGAGGCCCAAACCGACCGCCAAGCAAUACUGCAGCACCUUCUUGAGUUUCUUCCCUACUGUGAUGCAGUAAACGAGAACAUGAGCAAGAGGGCGGUUCACAAGGCACUAUUCGAAUCAGCUGCCCUUAUUGCAGCCAGUGUUGUGCAGAUUUACUUGCUGCGGCGUCUCUUCGAGCGCAAGCUGGGUUCAUCUAGGGUCUAAUUUCUGCUUAUAGCUCUCAUUAUACUCACCAACCCAACUGGACAUAAAUACUGCGUUGUAUGGAUUUGUUGCACCCUGUUCAAUCAUUCAUGCGUUUUUCUUUUAAGAAUUUUGUAUUUCAGAGGACACAUCAUGCAACAUUAAAGUGCCUGAGAUGAUCUUGUU